UCAACAUACUUCCUGCUUUGUUAGGUUGUCUUCGGUGUCAUGCAUUUAUCUGACAUGUUUUUCCAUCAACUCUGACAACAAGAUAAUAAUCAGCAGACUUUUAUUUCGUACCGACUGAACAUUGAACAAACCGCUUGUCGAUGUCCAAAGACAACCGCCAUGAUGGACGACGGCGUGGCGCUGGGCAGCACCGUCUCGGCCCGAGAGUUAGCCAAGGUGGGGACGGGAGGGAGAGGUCUGGUAGCAACAGCUCAGGCUCCUCGCAUGGAGGAGGCAAAAGCAAGAAUGCAUCCAUAACCGCUUUGAAGGCAUCUUUUCAGCGCUCCAACAGCCAUGACAAGGUGAGGAAGAUAGUUGCUGAAGAGGGCCGUGCUGCUCGAAACCUCAUUGCCUGGAGUGUACCUCUAGAGAACAAAGAGGAAGAAGCAAAGUCCAAAAGCAACUCCAGUGGCAGUUCCAGGGCCCAGAGGAUCAAUUCUGGUCAACAAAGGAAUAAGAAACAGAAUGCUGGCGUGGAAAGUAAAAGCACAGCUGGUGCCUUGUUGGACAAAGGGGCAGAGAAAAGCCCCACCAAAGCCAGGCAGCCCCGCAAGGUGGACCUGCGAGCGCGCUACUGGGCCUUUCUCUUCGACAACCUGCGUCGAGCUGUGGAUGAGAUUUACGUCACCUGUGAAUCUGAUCAGAGCGUUGUGGAAUGCAAGGAGGUGCUGAUGAUGUUGGACAACUACGUACGGGAUUUCAAAGCUCUCAUAGACUGGAUCCAGCUUCAGGAGAAGUUGGAGAAAACAGAUGCCCAGAACAGGCCCACUUCCUUAGCCUGGGAGGUGCGUAAGAUGUCUCCGGGACGUCACGUGAUGCCAAGCCCCUCAGCGGACAGAAUGGUCCCUUCUCCGGGUGCACGUCGCGCCCUCAACUUUGGUGGUCCACCACCUACACUGGCUGCAGCCCGGCUCUCCCACACAGGCCCCAGCUGGGCAGACCGAGUGAAGUGCACUCAGUCCGUCCCUAGCUCCAGUCAACCGACCACCUUCCCGGUAGAAAAGCUGGGUAAAAAGGAUGCUGAGGGCUGGGAGACUGUCCAGCGAGGACGUGCUGCCAAGCCUCGCUCUGCCGCCAUAGUUGCCAAGGAGGAGCAACAACUCCAUCCUCAGUGUGCCCCGGACAAGGAGGUAACCCAGAAAGACACUGAGCAGCAAAUCCCUGUGGAGCCUGACCCCUUGGAGAAGGUCGGACGUCCAGAGAACGGGCACAUGAUGGAGCCCCCAGCAGAAAGUGUUCAAGACUCGGGGCAGUGUGUUGAAGCACCCUGUGAAGACACGCCUCCCCCCAUAGAAGCUCAUACCCAUUUCCAAGCCCCAGAGCCCACGCCAUCCUCAGCCACAGUCCCACCAACAGACAUUACCUUAUCAGUCCCAGUCCCUGCUCGGGUCCUCACCGCAUCCCCAGACAUUCCCCAGACGGAUGGGCUCGGUGCACUGUUGGCCUUGGGGGACAGUGGGGCUGAGGGGGGCGCGCCGCAGGGCAUGGCCACAUCUGCUGCAGGACAGGCUGAGGCUCCCAUGCCAGCGGUGAAACUGGAGAGUGUGCUGGACCCCACAGAGCUUUCUACUCCACAGUCCAUGGCAGAGGUCUUGGCCAAGAAAGAGGAGCUUGCCGACCGUCUGGAGAAGGCCAACGAGGAGGCGAUUGCCAGUGCCAUCGCUGAGGAAGAGCAGCUGACCAGAGAGAUUCUGGCCGAGAACAACGACCUGGAGACGGAUAAUGAAAGUGACUUCUCUGCUAGCAUUGGCAACGGAGGUUGUGGAGCCAAUAUUGACUGGAGUGACAUGCUGGCAGAUUAUGACGCUCGUGAGCCAUGGCGUCAGAGUACCUCAUGGGGGGACAUUGUUGGAGAACCUGCUCGGCCUCCUGGACAUGGGAUCCACAUGCACGAGAAAUUGUCCUCACCGUCGCGCAAAAGAACCAUUGCAGAGUCAAAGAAGAAACAUGAGGAGAAACAGCUGAAGGCGCAGCAGCUGAGGGACAAACUCCGGGAGGAAAAGACGCUCAAACUGCAGAAGCUCUUGGAGAGGGAGAAGGAGGUGAGGAAAUGGAAGGAGGAGUUGUUGGAGCAGCGUCGGAGGAUGAUGGAGGAAAAACUGUUACAUGCAGACUUGAAGCGAGAGCUGCAGCUCCAGGCGAUUGUGAAGAAGGCCCAAGAAGAAGAAGCCAAGGUGAAUGAAAUCGCAUUCAUCAACACUCUGGAAGCCCAAAACAAGAGGCACGGCCUGGCCAAGUUAAAUGAGUAUGAGCAACGCCUUAAUGAGCUGCAGGAGGAUAGGCAGAGGAGACAGGAGGAGAAACAGGCCAGAGACGAGGCUGUGCAGGAGCGUAAACGAGUCCUGGAAGCAGAGCGGCAGGCACGGGUGGAGGAGCUGCUGAUACGGAGGAAGGAGCAGGAGGCUCGUAUUGAACAGCAGAGGCAGGAAAAAGAGAAAGCUAGAGAAGAUGCAGCCCGGGAAAGGGCCAGAGACCGUGAGGAGCGUCUGGCUGCUCUUAGUGCUGCUCAACAGGAGGCCAUGGAGGAGCUGCAGAAGAAAAUUCAGAUGAAGCAUGACGAAAGCAGCCGUAGGCAUAUGGAGCAAAUCGAGCAGAGGAAGGAGAAGGCUGCUGAGCUCAGCAGUGGUCGACAUGCUAACACAGACUACGCCCCCAAACUGACACCAUAUGAGCGCAAGAAACAGUGCUCCCUGUGCGGCGUUGUGAUCACCUCAGAGGUGCACCUGUUCAGCCACACCAAGGGGAAGAGGCACCAACAGGCCGUGCGAGACAGUAGCAGCAUCCAGGGACGGGAGCUCUCUGAUGAGGAAGUGGAGCAUCUUUCCUUGAAGAAAUACAUUGUGGAUAUUGUGACGGAAAGCUCUGUGUCUUCUGAGAGCGUGAAGGAUGGAGAAGAGAGGCAGAAAGCACGGAAGAAGGCAAAGAAGCUCCGCGCCAGGAUGAACUCCAGGGCAAAGGAAUAUGAGACGUCAAUGGAGGCAAAGACACAGGUCCCUGACUCCCCGUACAAGGCCAAGUUGCAGCGCCUGGUAAAGGACCUGUUGAAGCAGCUGCAGGGCCAAGACAGCGGCCAGUGGACCAACAACAAAGUGUCUGGACUGGACAGAACUCUGGGAGAGAUCUCUCGCAUCUUAGAGAAACAGAACAAUGCAGACCAAGUGGCCUUCCAAGUGGGCGGUGGCCUGUCGGCUCUGGAGCAAAUUCUGCAGGUCAUCGCUGCCACUUCCACCCCCACUGCAGUUCCUCGCAUUCCUCUCAAAUCCCUCUGUACUGCUGUAAAUACGUACUACCUGGCAUGUUCCUGCUGCCCCCUCAACUGUGCCUAUGUGCUGUUUAGCAACAAGAUAGCACUCCUCAUGGACCUGCUGCUGCAUCAGCUAACGCUAUAUGUCCCAGAUGAGGACAAAUCCAUUUUUGGGCGCAGUGUGAACAAACAAGUCUUUGAGGGUUUGACAACAGGCCUGCUGCAGACCAUUGCUACCAUCCUGGGGUCCCUGUGGCCAUAUCUCUCUGAGCCCGGACAUGGUGAAAAAACAUGGAUUUCCUCCCCAGAUGCCAAGAUCAAGAACUCUGCCACAGAGUCCUUUAACAUUCGCACACAAGACUUAAUCAGCUAUGUAGUAAACAUGGGUUUGAUUGACAAGCUGUACGGGUGCUUCUUGUCAGUUCAAAGUCCUGUAGAUGAGCACCCCAAGAUGUCUGCUUUCCUCCAGCAAGCCUCAGCUCUGCUGCACAGCAUGUGUAAGCUGUGUUUUGUCGUAACUGGACGUGCUCCGAGUAUAUUUGACAAUAAACGUCAGGACCCGACUGGAUUGACGGCCCUACUGCAGUCCACAGACCUGGUGGGAGUGGUGCACACUCUGUAUUGUAUCCUGCUGCACAGUUUCUCUCCCGAGUCUGCUUUCCAGAGUCAGGAACCCUACAGCCCCGGGGUCAUCCAGGUGGCUUUGCAAGGCAUCCGCUUCCUCAACAGUUUUGCCCUGCUUGACCUAUCUGCCUUCCAGUGUGUUCUAGGAGCCGAGGGCCUCUCUCUAGCUUUCCGACACAUCGUCAGCUCCCUCCUCUGGUACUGUACCCAGCAUUCCUCUGAUGAGCUGCUGCACGAAGUCAUCAUCUGUGUGGGAUACUUUACCGUUAACCACCCUGACAACCAGGUGAUAGUGCAAUCUGGCCGCCAGCCCAGCGUGCUGCAGAAACUGUGUCAGCUGCCCUUCCAGUACUUCAGCCACCCGCGCCUCAUCAGAGUGCUCUUCCCCUCCCUCAUCUCAGCCUGCUACAACAACUCCCAAAACAAGGUCAUCCUGCAGCAGGAGAUGAGCUGUGUGCUGCUGGCUACAUUUGUUCAGGACUGCGCUGCAAAUGAGAAGGAUUCAGACAACAAAACAAAGCAAGCAGUGUGUAAAGUUUCCCAGCCGCUGGAUUACUGUGAGUUGUCAAACCGCUUUCCAAGGGAUCAGUGGGACUCGGCGUUGCAGUUUUUUCUCAAGAAGCAGGAAGAGUGACGGAGUCACACACUGUCCUCAGAAUGCAUAAUGCCAAGUGUAAACACUACAAAAGAGACUGAGAUGUGGAGUUGUUUUGGGAUUUUUUGUUCUUGUUUAGUUUUGUUUUUCCUUGACUUAAAGUCUGCACACGAGUAAUUAUGUUCUUUCAGACUUUGUCAAAUGUAAAGAUUGUGAAGCCUUAUCCUGUGUCAAUGCAUCUGCUUUGUUUUUUUGGAAAACAUAUUGAGGAAUUUGCACAAAAUGUCUUGUUUGUACAUUGCAGUUAUAACACACGCACAACUAUUCCACUUAAUGUCUAAACAAGCCAUUUGUUUCUCUUUUUGUUUCUAUUGUGGAUAGAAAUUAACAUUUCAAAGCAGUAAACCUGACACAUGUACUUAUACUGUAAUUUAUGAUUUGCCAAGCAUUGUCAUCAAUACUGUUGUUGUAUUAAUUUAUUAUAUUUGUCUCAUUUUCGAAUAUGAAUGACCUGAAUGUUAUCUCUAGUCUACAUUAAUGCCAGUUACAGUUACAUGACCUGCCUUGAUUGCAAAUAUGUGUUAGAGUUUUAUUUUUCAAGUUCACGUCUUUUUCUUUCUCUUUUUGUUAGGAGGCACUCACAAAUUAAUAUAAUUUAUUGGGUUAUUUACCUUUAUCAUAUGAAAUAAAAUACUUAUGGUUAUGUUAUGUAUUUUUGUUCAGUUUUAUUCUGUGUGAACUGUGCAGUUAAAUUAAUGACAUGAGUAUAAGUAUGACUUAACAAACAUAAACACUUUGUGGUGAGUCUUGUA